AGAACAUUCGCGCUCCCAACAAUUUUUCGAAUUCACUACGAGACUUGAGACAUGGCUUCCACGCUAUGCUGUACGGCGGAGCAGGAAGGACGCCCAGAGUCUCCAGAACUACCUAAUACCCGCGUCAACGAAGCCUCUACUCCUGCUCGACUGCCUCUCCUGCCUCUUCCGCCAAAGCCGGCUGGAUCUGUGAACUCACGCUUCACCAGCGCUCGAACGGAAGACCUCCACGAGCUGCGACAGAUCUUUGACAAUGCAAAAGACAAUGAGCCCACUCACGCGUCUCCCACCAAGGCGGCUAGGCGCGCACGCUUCAACAAGCCUUCCAUAUACAGCUUGCGCUCGCUCCACAAGAUGAAGAGCAUGCGGUCACUGAUCAGGCGAAAGUUCUCUCGAGAUCUCGCUAAGAAGCCUUCAGGCGAUCACAUUCUGUCGAAGACCGCCAAGGACGGUGAGACGCCAGGGCAAGGUACGGUCGUAAAGCAACAGAAAGGCCGUCACGAUGUACAAGUCAAGAUCACCAAAGACGAUCUGAGGAAAGAUCUCUUGAGUGACAAGCGGUCUGAUGAAGGUGGCUACGAUUCUGACGCCCAGGUGCUUGACGACAUCGCCAGGAACAUCGGGAAGAAAACGCCUAACAAGAGACCGAGCAUCCACAGUAUCGAUUGGGAACCGUCCACAGCUAGGCUUGGACAAGUAUUUAGUUCUCCGAACCUACAAGCCGAGACCUCUAAGGCUCAGGAGCGUAAGCUGCGGCGUUCUCAUUCGGCUACUUCGAUCAGACUCCCUGAACACUCCCCUCUUUCACCGCUCAGGCUCCCCAGUCUAAAGUCACACGAUCCAGAUGGCAUUCCUUGGUCAGUUGCAUUAAAUGAGAGCCUACGGCUGUCGUAUCUUCCUAUUCUCCGGCGGCCCAUUUCGCCAAAACGAUCGCAAAUUUCAUUGAGAAGAAUGCCGAGUGACAAAAACGCAACGGCAAGGGUAGGAAAACAAGAGAACGAUAUUCCAAGGAAGGCCCCAGCUGAAGAGGAGGAAGAUCGACCCACACCCUCGACUGUAAUGCAAAUCCGCGUGCAAGAACCAACCGCGAUGACUACACCUCGUCAAUCUGGUUCCCUAAGAGUGAUCACGCGAGGCAUUCCGCCAGCUGUUGUGCAAGAAUCGGCAAAGGAGCAAGACGUUACAGAAGAAGACCAGCCGCGUCGCUCUGUGCACCUUUAUAGUAUGCGAAUCUCGCACCACUUACGAUCCGGCUCGCUCCUUUCCUGGAAUACUACAGCAGACCGAUCAGAGCUCCCAAGCUUUGCAAGUUCACGAGUGCCUCCGAAGUGGGGCAGGGUGUUGACCAACGAUUUACGGGAAGACAAGUCGUCCAUAUACUCGAGCAGACCGCAAAGCCCUCUCGAUAGCCCUCUUGAAAGCUUCGGUGGCUCGAUUAUUGAUCUUUCACAGACCCCUAAGAAUCCCACUUCGACUGCGCGCUCGUCACUAGACCGCGAUCGAGCAAGAAGGUCCAACUCCUACCCAACUGAUAACGACGAGACUCCGAAGCCUCCGCAGAGACAUGGCCUCACAAAUCUUCGGGAUGUAACGAGCUACUCAGCGCUAACACGACGCUCGAACGAGAUGACAAGAUUAUCACGCGGGAACAGUGUGGCAAGUACUCGGAAGUCAAAGUUCCGCGAGGAAUUCAGCCCUUCGCCCCCGAAGAAGAAAUUGAUGCCAUCAGCUUCGGUCAUACGAUUUUUCACCCCGAAGCGCGGCAGCUUACGAAGUCAGAGCGAAACCAACAUGAAGACGGGCGACUUCAUUCCCGAGGUGGAUGGGUCGCUUGAGGUACCAGACGCAGCUACGCAACGUGAGCGCCGGAAUUCGAAGUCUGCGAUCAGUCUAGAGGCUGAGCAAAAGGCCUUGUUCAAGGAUAAGAAGGCCAGUGGUAUGUGGGAUCGAGCCUUGCAGAAUUACCAAGACGAGAAAGCUGCGAUGCUACUUCCUCAGAAUAGAGAUCUUGCCAUAUACAGAGGUCCGUUCCGAGAGCGGAGUGGAAGCGGUUCACGGCCUAGAGUGAGCGAAGAGUGCGAGAUCGCUAGGAAAGAAGCUCAGCUUCUCUUCGCACAGCAAACUGACACUAUCGAUACUGUCGGUGCUUGGGGUCGCUACCCGUCUCACACUCGCGCCGAUCGUACCUUUUCUGCUGGUCAUCAAGACCAAGUUGAAACACGUGACUUUGCACUGGAAGCAGCCAUCAAGUUUGCAAUGAACGAAAAUACAGAUGGUGACGAUGUCGAAGAAGAGGAGAUAGACCCUGCGACGCGUCCGGUUACGCCACCCCUUCUCCCAGGUCAAAAGAAGCGGAAGAAGAAGGUUGGCCACACUCGCAUUGCUAAGAGUCACUCCAUGACGUUCGGCAAAUCGUUUCUCAAGAACUACACCAAGAUCUUCAGAAGCCAGAGCAUCGAAUUUCACAGACACGGUCAAGGCCACCGAAGCUCCAUGGCUACAGGUGGCACGCUGGAGUAUCCUGAGCUAGAGAUCGUACCAGACGUGUGGAGGCGCGCAAUCAUCGAAGAGACAAGCCGAGAUUCGAGCCACGGCAAUGGCGAGACGCAUGCAGCCCAAGAAGAGCACGUUGCGGGCGACAAGAAAGGAAAAGGGAAGAUGAAAGAAGAGGACUCUGCAACGACGCUUCAGCCACUUGCUACCAGCUCACGUCCGACCACAAGCAAUCUGUUGCAGGCGGGGCUCGAUGGAACGAAGGACACUGCACGAGUCUGGUCCGCAUACUACGAAAACUGCCUACCGGCCUUGCCGCAUGCUAGUAGCAAUCUGGACUUCACUAUCGACGACUUCGGCGCACCAGCUCGUCGCUCACUUGAGAGCAAGCGUGCUUCUAUGCGUUCACGCACUAUGCCUGUCCGUUAUUCUCAACAUUCUCGUAGCGCAAGCCGCAUGACUCAUCUCAGCAUCGCAAGUCACGGAAGUGGAAGGCCGAGUUUCAUAUAUAUGGGCGAGAACGAUGGCGGGAUGGACGAGCAGAGUAUUGUAAGUGUACGGCGAAGUACGAUGGAUCUGGUCUCCAUGUACAAAGAGCAGGAGCAUACAGAGAUGGAGAGGGUUCUAAACAUUGUCCAGGCUGAGAGUGCAAAAGACAGUACGACUCUGAAGGGGUUGUGA